CUCUCACCGGCCACCACUUUGCAUCCACAUCUCUACAAACUUGCUCGCAAUUGUCUAAAGUCUUUAUCCGCUCGCGACACAACGCAGCAUUGGACCACGGCGCGUCAAGCGUGCAAGCCGAGGGUGGAUGUAGGGCAUCGACGCUGCUACAUCCACAGUAGAAAUUUUGGACAUCAUUACUUGCCGAUCAUCUGUGUUUGCCAGCUAGGCUAGGCGCAGUGACAAUGUCCAAGCUUCCCCCACAACAUCUAUGGUCUCGGGCCACGGCCAGCUCGAGCGGUAGGACGUUGAGAGCAGCGAGCUUUGGCGCUCAUCAUGCCUCCUCUCGCCACACCGGCUUCGCCAUGAGCGGACUUCAGCGUACGCCUCAAUCAUCUCACGCAGCUUCAAGUGCUCCCGUCGUUGCUGCUGGAACUCCCAGCCCUUCUUCCCUCUCCCAUUCAUCCGCGACCUCCACCAAUUCGCAUAUCGCUACGGGCAACGAGGUGCCUGGGGCAGUGAGCGCGCCGUUCUUUGGUCCACAGCCACGAGCUGUCGUUGAAGCGGACGUCACACCAACCAGCAGCGCUUCGCAGAGCUCCAGCUUGCUCUCAGCUUCUUCAACUAACUCCCCAGGCCUCGGCAGAAGCAAUCUAUCACUGCAAUCACAAGCAUUGAUCCCCUACGCUGCUCUGGUCAAUCAUGCACAUGCUGUCAGUGCUAGUCGGCGCUCUACUCUUUUAGCUCCACAACCCAUGCGCCGCUACUUCAGCGUGUCAAGCCAAGCAGCCGCACCAGGUGGUAUCGCCUCGACCAGUGCGCCCGCUUUACCGCCAAGCAGCAUGCACGGCAAAGCCCACGGAACCAAACACGCACACCCAAAACGCCUCAGAGCUAAAGCUCAGACAGACGGUGCAGAUGUCUUGCGCGUGACAGGAAGUCCGCUUUCGCGUGCUAGAGAUGACAACUCGCCUGGCAAAUCUUCAGAAGCGUCCGCAGUCAAUCGAUACUUCGUCGACUUGUUGAAGGGCAGCGCUGCAGCUGUGAAUGCAGGUCAACCCACGUCUUCGGUUGCGUCUGACGUGGAUGCCGAUUUGUCUGACGGUGGCUCUGGGCAACUCGACUUCUUCGCCCAGCUGCCGCCCAAUUUGACCGGCGCCGCCACCUCGUCAUUCCACAGUGCGGCCGAUGGAGUACCUCAAGGCAGCUCGCCAAGCUUCACGCCACCUCCUUCUCCCGGCCCAGCUCAGUCACCGCCGGCGCGCGACGGCAAUGUGCCUUCGGGCAAGUCGAUGCAGCCUGCUCGCGCGACUGGCAGCAGUACGGAUGGAGAUGCGCCAAGCGCUCUCUCUAGCAGUCCGCCGAGCGCGCCUGCGAGCUCGAGCAGUGCUUCAGCAGGUCACCACGAGCUUCAAUCCGAAUGGGAACGGGCUUUCCAAGCGCCCCGGUCUCAGCGGCACGACUACACGUUGGAGCACGGAGCGUACGGAAUUCCAAAGCGUCACCCGCUUAGCGCCAUCACCUCGUCGUCUGCCAGUCGCAAAGGCAAAGGUAGAGAGCAAGCACCUCGUAGUCAGCUUGCUCAAAUGGGGGACUUCCUCACUGGCUCCAGCGUGCCCUCCGAACCUGGUCUCGGGCCUGUGGAUGCCGUCGAGGCUAGACGCGCGGCGCUCAGCGGGGGAAGCACUGCUCAGGGAGACGAAGCUUUUUGGAGUCGGGCAGAGAACGGCACAGGGAAUCGAAGGUGCAUUAGGGACGCUGACGGGCGUGUGAUUCGUGACCGCCUCCGCAGUGUGCAGGUUGGUGAGGAUGCGUAUUUCCUCCGACCAGUGAGUACGAAUAUGAAACCCUGACAGUUGGUGCAUUACCGUCAAUGUGCUCACAUUUCGUCUUUUGCUUUAUUCUUUCCAGGACUCUCUCGGAAUUGCAGACGGCGUUGGCGGGUGGGGUACGAGAGCAGGUGCGGAUC